GAAAAGAAAUGAUCAUCGCUUAUGGACUCUAGACACCACAACAGAAAUCAUUGAACGAGCACAGAAGAGGAUUGACAUUAAUUCGAUAUUAAAGAUUUAAUUUAAAAAUAAAAACAUUUUCGCUGCUUCAAUUUAUUAAGAAUGAGUCUACCAGCCUUUCCAUCUCUUACACCUCGAGUUUCUGAACCACACUGGUUUUCUGUUGAUCGUCCUUGUGAUGAUGAUUCUGAAUUGACACAAAUGGAAAGAGAACAUCAAAACUGGCUUACUGCUAUUGCGGAGAAAGAUAAAGACAUGGUCCCUAUUGGAAAAACAGCUUCUGAGCAUUUUGAGGAAGAUGAUGAUGAAGAGGAGGAUGAUGAUAAUGAUGAUGAUGAAAGUGAGAGUAAUGAAGAAGAUGAUGAAGAAUUAGAUGCUGAAAUGAAUUAUGAUCAGGACACUGAAGUAAUUUGAAGAUUUUGUGAUAGCUUUGUUGCAAUGUUUCACUGAAAGAGAAUUAAAGGAAAACAAAUGAUGUUUAGAUUUCAGUUGUUCAUAUCAUCCUGUUUCAUCACUCUUACUUUCAAAGACAAGUUUUUGUUUCUUUGCAUUGUAUAUAUAACAUUGUUUUAAAAAUAUGAGAUCGUGUGUUUUUAUUUAUGAAAUUGAAUAAAGUCUAUAGUUGUCAAUUA